AUGCUCGAAUCCCAUAUUACGAGACGUCGCGCUAAACAGGAUCAAGAGGCUCAGGCCCACGAUUCCACGCGCGGGAAGCCCGUUUCUCAAGCCCACGUUUCUCCUCCCUGCGCGCGCACCGUUCCGGUAAGCCCGCGCGGGAACCUCUCGCCACCCCGCGCGCGCUCUUCUCGCCUUCCGCGCGGUAUCCCAUCGCAUCCCAGCGCGCGCUCCUCUUACCGCCCCGCUCGGCCUCCUCUCACCAUCCCGCGCGUGCUCCUCUCGCCUCCCCUCGCGUGCUCCUCUCGCCUUCAAUGCUCGCGAAUCUCUUGCCUCCCCGCGCGGCCGCCUCUCGCCUCCCCGCGCAGCCUCCUCCCGCCAUCCCUCGCGCGCCCCUCUCGCCUCCCCGCGCGUGCUCCUCUCUUCUCACCUACUCGUUCUCCUCUCGCCUCCCCUCGCGCGCCCCUCAAGCCCCCCCGCGCGUGCUCCUCUCUCCUCACCUACUCGUUCUCCUCUCGCCUCCCCUCGCGCGCCCCUCAAGCCUCCCCGCGCGUGCUCCUCUCUCCUCACCUACUCGUUCUCCUCUCUCUUCACCUUGCAUGCCUCCCACGGCUCCCCGCGCGUGCUCCUCACUCCUCACCCUGCGUGCUCCUCUCGCCUCCCCGCGCGUGCCCCUCUCUCCUCACCUCCAAUGCUCUUCGAUCGCCAACCUUGCGCGUGCCCCUCUCUCCUCACCCUGCGUGGGCUCCCCUCUCCUCACCUUGCGUGCUCCCUCUCCUCACCUUGCGUGCUCCCCUCUCCUCACCUUGCGUGCUCCCCUCUCCUCACCUUGCGUGCUCCCCUCUCCUCACCUUGCGUGCUCCCCUCUCCUCACCUUGCGUGCUCCCCUCUCCUCACCUUGCGUGCUCCCCUCUCCUCACCUUGCGUGCUCCCCUCUCCUCACCUUGCGUGCUCCCUCUCCUCACCUUGCAUGCUCCCCUCUCCUCACCUUGCGUGCUCCCCUCUCCUCACCUUGCGUGCUCCCCUCUCCUCACCUUGCGUGCUCCCUCUCCUCACCUUGCGUGCUCCCCUCUCCUCACCUUGCGUGCUCCCCUCUCCUCACCUUGCGUGCUCCCCUCUCCUCACCUUGCGUGCUCCCCUCUCCUCACCUUGCGUGCUCCCCUCUCCUCACCUUGCGUGCUCCCCUCUCCUCACCUUGCGUGCUCCCCUCUCCUCACCUUGCGUGCUCCCCUCUCCUCACCUUGCGUGCUCCCCUCUCCUCACCUUGCGUGCUCCCCUCUCCUCACCUUGCGUGCUCCCCUCUCCUCACCUUGCGUGCUCCCUCUCCUCACCUUGCGUGCUCCCCUCUCCUCACCCUGCGUGGGCUCCCCUCUCCUCACCUUGCGUGCUCCCCUCUCCUCACCUUGCGUGCUCCCUCUCCUCACCUUGCGUGCUCCCCUCUCCUCACCUUGCGUGCUCCCCUCUCCUCACCUUGCGUGCUCCCCUCUCCUCACCUUGCGUGCUCCCUCUCCUCACCUUGCGUGCUCCCCUCUCCUCACCUUGCGUGCUCCCCUCUCCUCACCUUGCGUGCUCCCCUCUCCUCACCUUGCGUGCUCCCCUCUCCUCACCUUGCGUGCUCCUCUCUCCUCACCUACUCGUUCUCCUCUCUCUUCACCUUGCAUGCCUCCCACGCCUCCCCGCGCGUGCUCCUCACUCCUCACCCUGCGUGCUCCUCUCGCCUCCCCGCGCGUGCCCCUCUCUCCUCACCUCCAAUGCUCUUCGAUCGCCAACCUUGCGCGUGCCCCUCUCUCCUCACCCUGCGUGGGCUCCCCUCUCCUCACCUUGCGUGCUCCCCUCUCCUCACCUUGCGUGCUCCCUCUCCUCACCUUGCGUGCUCCCCUCUCCUCACCCUGCGUGGGCUCCCCUCUCCUCACCUUGCGUGCUCCCUUCUCCUCACCUUGCGUGCUCCCCUCUCCUCACCUUGCGUGCUCCCCUCUCCUCACCUUGCGUGCUCCCCUCUCCUCACCUUGCGUGCUCCCCUCUCCUCACCCUGCGUGGGCUCCCCUCUCCUCACCUUGCGUGCUCCCCUCUCCUCACCUUGCGUGCUCCCUCUCCUCACCUUGCGUGCUCCCCUCUCCUCACCUUGCGUGCUCCCCUCUCCUCACCUUGCGUGCUCCCCUCUCCUCACCUUGCGUGCUCCCCUCUCCUCACCUUGCGUGCUCCCUUCUCCUCACCUUGCGUGCUCCCCUCUCCUCACCUUGCGUGCUCCCUCUCCUCACCUUGCGUUCUCCCUCUCCUCACCUUGCGUGCUCCCCUCUCCUCACCUUGCGUGCUCCCUCUCCUCACCUUGCGUGCUCCCCUCUCCUCACCUUGCGUGCUCCCCUCUCCUCACCUUGCGUGCUCCCCUCUCCUCACCUUGCGUGCUCCCCUCUCCUCACCUUGCGUGCUCCCUCUCCUCACCUUGCGUGCACCCCUCUCCUCACCCUGCGUGCUCCCCUCUCCUCACCUUGCGUGCUCCCCUCUCCUCACCUUGCGUGCUCCCCUCUCCUCACCUUGCGUGCUCCCUUCUCCUCACCUUGCGUUCUCCCCUCUCCUCACCUUGCGUGCUCCCCUCUCCUCACCUUGCGUGCUCCCCUCUCCUCACCUUGCGUGCUCCUCUAUCCUCACCUUGCGUGCUCCUCUAUCCUCACCUUGCGUGCUCCUCUAUCCUCACCUUGCGUGCUCCUCUCUCCUCACCUUGAGGCCUCCUCUCUCCUCACCUUGCGUGCUCCUCUCUCCUCACCUUGCGUGCGCCUCUCUCCUCACAAUACAUGCGACCAUACUGGAUUAAAGGGAGGGACCCGCGCGCACCUGCCUGGUAAGCCCGCGCGAGAUCCUCUCGCCUCCCGCGUGCGCUCUUCUCGCCACUCGCGCGGCAUCCUAUCGCCCCCCCGCACGCGCUCCUCUUGCCUCCCCGCGCGUCCUCCUCUCACCAUCCCUAGCGUGCUCCUCUCGCCUCCCCUCACGUGCUCCUCUCUCCACACCAUGCGUGCACCUCUUUCCUGUACCUCGCGUCCUCCUCUCUCCUCACCUCGCGUCCUCCUCUCUCCUCACCUCGCGUCCUCCCCUCUCCUCACCUUGCGUGCUCCUCUCUCCUCACCUCACGUCCUCCUCUCUCCUCACCUCACGUCCUCCUCUCUCCUCACCUCGCGUCCUCCUCUCUCCUCACCUCGCGUCCUCCUCUCUCCUCACCUUGCGUCCUCCUUUCAACUCACCGCACGUCCACCUUUCUACUCACAUUGCGUCCUCCUUUCCUCCAAAUCACCAACACCUCCGUUGGCGUCGCUGAUCGUGUCUUUUGCCCUCACCCCCGCCCACACUCUUGCAACGGCGGUGCUUCCGCAGUCCCCCUGCACGCCCGCAGAAAACCCUCGUUGCACGCCCUCUAUUUCCCACAUGUACGCCCUCGCUCCCCCUCUGCUCCUCUUGUCCCCCUAUGCUCAUCUUACCCCCUUCCGCUGGUCCUUCUCCUUUCUGCACCACUUCCAACCCGAAGCUCCGCUGUUCCCCCUAUGCCCCUCUUUUUCCGCCCAGCUCCACUUUUCUCCUGUGAGGCUCCUUCGCUCUCUGCUCCUCUUUCCCUCCUCUGCUCCUCUUGUCCCCCUCUACCCAUCUUUGCCCCCUCACUCCCUUCCAUCCCACUCAACUGUCACCCUCCCUCCCUGUUUAUCACCCUAUUUUUUGCCUCGCAUCCCAAAUGUUCUGACACCACCCUCCUCACAGCUUCCCCACAUUGGGAUUCCCACCUCAUUAUUCAUAGUUUCUGAGUAUUCUGUCUUCAAAUCUGAAAUCCAUCACUAG